AUCCGUGAAAGCGAAGCAGGAACCACCGGAAGCGAUGGUUUAUCUGGAUGCGCGAUCACAAUGUGGUUCCACGCACGGCAGCACAUCCGAUGAUACCGGCAGUUCCAUGUCCACCGUAGUGGACAGAUUCUCGACGUCCGAUCGCGUGUCGACCAUAUCCACGACGUCGACAGCGUCGACCGCAGGUUCCGAACAGCCAAGCGAAUUCUCGGGCGUCGAUCGAGACCUCGAACGUUCAUCCGAUCGGGAUGUGCUGCUGUCGCGAGCGAUCUGUCCACUCGAGCAUCUCGAGCGGGAUUUCUCGAAUCCGCCAGAUUACCUGCUCCGCCGUCUCGCCAAUUCUGAAGCGGUGACGCACGUGGAAUCGCGCGGUGAAGUCGAACGAAUUACGGCGGUCGUCGCACCAAACACGGUGCUGAUCGAGGAAACGAUCACUCUCCAGCCGCCACUCAGCUUUCAGGACGCCCCGCUGAGUUACGGACACGAGGCCAGGCCGGAUCUCUUCUACACGGCCGACCUGGCUGCCGACUCGACCACGCAUUUCAGGCCAAUUAAGGACGACGUGGAGCUCGUGGAGCGCGUCAACGGCAACCACGAGGAAUUCCAAGAAGCGAUCUCUGUUUCCGGCACGGGGAGAAGCAACGGCGACAGGUCGUCGCCACCGCCGUUGCCGGCUAGGAAUCACGUUAACAGGAUCUGCGUGAACCAGAUGCAAACGAGCGAAUCGGGAAACGAGGCGCGGCCACCGCGAAUCUCCGUCGCAACGGUAUCCGUUUCUUCUGAAAGAGAACUUUCAGAAGAAGCUCCUCUAUUACCACCGAAACCAUUACCGAGAAAAGAUGUUAAAGCUAGGCGGAAGAGACCACCUCCGCCACCUCCACCUCCAAUUAUAACACCGCGGAGAGAAAUUAAACCGUCGAUCGAGUCUAAUCGCAUAAAAACGGGGAAAGAGAACAAUAAUCUCUCGCAGGUUAAGAACACAGAAGACGUUCGGCCAGGAGUAUGCAGUUCGUCACCAAAUAAAAAUAAUAUCCUUGACGAAAAGAGUGAAAGAAUCGAAAGUUCAGAUGAAAAUUUCGAUAAAGAACCUGACAUGGAGAACAUUUGCCUUAAUAACGAGAAGGAUAAAGCUGCGAGUUCGGAAGAAAAUGCACGAACGAAUAAAGUCUUUGAGAUUAUCGAAAUCAGAAUGGCCAAAGGUUUGCAGUCUGAUAAGAAGGAGGAAGAUAAAUCGAAUAACACGACAGAAACUGCGAAUUGCGAGCAAAAUAAAGUAAAAAACGAAGCAAUUGAUAGAAACGAACAAGAUCAAUUGCAGCCUACGAAUAAUUCGAAUAAAGUUUCACCAGAGCGUGAAAAUUCGAUCUUAGAAUCAACUGACGAGCUCAUUGACGAGUCGAACGAUGAAAAAGAAAACUGUAUAAACUCGAAAAGUUAUCAUCAAGAAGAAACUAGAACAAAUAAUCGGGAUAAUUCUAAGAAAGUAUUUCCAACAAACAAAGAAGGUAUUUUAUCGAUCGAUAAUUCUACAAUGCGAGAUAACGAAAAUGAGGAAAUCGCUUAUCAAUCGCUCGACGUGGUCAACGACGAUAUAAAGAAUCCGGAAAUAAAUCAAAUGUUAGAGAACGAAGAAAUUACGGAAGAAGAAGACACCACUGACGAAAGCGACGACGGCGAUUAUUACUGGCAGAGUAAUCUCGCAACGAUUGGCGAAGAGGAAGAAACCUCCUUAGAAUAUAUGAAUGCCAACGCAGACACGAAUGAUUCCAGUGAGCUGACGGUGGAGCCGGAAGAAUCGCCUUCUGCAAUCGAGAAAGAUGUGUUCGUUAAAAACGCGCGAGAUGACGAAGCAGACCGCGUGAGCAAGAUUGCAGAAUACACGGGGGAGGAAAGCAAGAACCCGGACAAAGACACGGUAAAUGGUAAGAUGGAGAACUGUGGAGGCGGCCAACGCCUGCCCCCGGACGGGGACGAAUUUCCAGCAGCGUACCAAGAAUUCAACAACAGUAACAACCAACCACCGUACAGAUAUAUCGCUACGACAAGGACAGCGACGAUAACUGCGAAUGAUGCAGGAUUGUGUAAUGAAAACGAGUCGUUUCGUACUAACGAGACUGUUAAAAUGCUCGCGAACGACAGCAACGUUGUCAGUUCGAGAAGCAUUAUUCUAUCCGAUAGUAAGAUAACGUUCUCAGGCACUGAAAACGUGAGGCAGGACAUAAACAAAGUUGCUUCGGCAAGUAUGGAGAGCGUCCGGUCUGAGGUGGGCAAGGCUACGUCGUCCAAUGUAGAUAAUAUACGUCAAGAUGUGAAGUCCACUGAGAUUACUAACGAAGAAAAAAAAUCAUCUUAUCACACUUCAGAAGAUAUCGCGAAGAAAAACACUUCCAUCGUCGCGGGAAGUUCUCUUUAUUCUUGUCAGACGACUACCAGCAAUUUAAUUAUGAGUGAGAAGAAGAUGGAGAUCGCUGGAUAUUAUCACAAGGCCGUGACGACGCUCGAAGAAGUGCCAAGCCACGUGGAAAAGGACGCGCUUAUUGAUACCCCACCGCCUCUUCCAUUGACAGGCCCGCCAAAAAUAGAGCAAGUGUUGCAUACGAGAAUUACUUCUACGGUAGAAUCUCCGCAAAGAAAGUUUUCCUUGAACGGUGAUCUCUGGAGACAGGACGACAAGUCUGAGCGAUCUGUUCGAGAUAAAAUCGCAAUGUUUUCAUCGCAAAGCAAUCUUGAUGCGCCCCUAUUUCCCAAUGCCAUAACAGCGGCAGCAGCCACGAGCAACAGCAAACGCCUCUCCAAGUACAAAUCCUCCGAAGACGUUUGCUGCGACGACAAGAGCAACGGACAGAAAGAUCGACCGUCUUUCUUCGCCGACAGGACGCAGAGUUCUUUCGAUCUCACCGAUUCAGCCAAGACUAUGACUGGGCAUGACUCCGCGAAGAAAUAUAAUCAGAGAACGCUUAGUUUGCCUCAGACUGUUCAACCUGCUCUGUUGAGUCCAACUGCGCAAACUACGCGGGCUCCAAAGACGCUACCAAUUGUUCCACCGAAAUCAUUAUCUAACCCACUGUCAACUUUGUACGACAAGCAGAAUUUCUUAAAUACGACGACGAAAAAUUAUUGUGCAAAUAUCGCGGAAAGCAGCAAUUUGCAGAAUGUCGUGUAUUCGAACAUCGGUAAAACUGUAAAUUCUUGUAAUAAUUCUAGCAACUCGAUCAAGCCAACGGGCACACCUUCAUUAACGCGAGCCACCAGUUUUUCCGGCCCGGCACCCUUUGUGCAAGAUCGAGAUUCUUUGACAACCGAUUCCAUCAGUAACUCACAAAUUUCAAGAACGAAUUCCUUAGCGUCCACGUUCAGACGACCCGGCGAAGAUGUAAGGAGGAACAGCUUGAAUCAGUUGAUCGAGCAGAGACGAAGAUCAAUAUCGAAAUUACGUGGUCUGGUUAUACCGGAAAAAGACACUGUAUCAAUCGAUCAACCUAUCGUUGAUUUACCAGAAAUCAAAUCACGAGAUUCAAUAUUAUUGCAUCAGAUACCAAAGGCAAAUAUUCAAGACAAGUGGGGGUCUCAAAGUUCCUUAGCCAGCAACGCCAGCACAGCGAGCCAGCCAUUGAAAGCGACAACGUCCUUCAAGAUGCCGGCGCCUCAGAUAUACUCCAAGUACUCCCCGGCUUUCAAAAGAAAGUCUCUCACGGUUUAUGGUACUUCAGUGACGACAAAUUCCACGAUAAACGGCAGCAGCCCGAUCAAAAGUUCUCAAUCAACAGCAAUGUCCACAUUUUCGGAGCCACCGAAAAGCCUGGAGAGUAUUUGCAGCCCUACAAGAAGCGAUUACAGCUUCGAGUUUGCCUCGACGACGAGCUCACCGGAUGGCUCACGUACUAGGCCAAGGAUAAUGCAAAGGAAAGCUCGCUUAGAUUACGAUGAUUCCGACAAUGAUUCGGCCGUAAGCAGCUCUCAGAGCAGCAUAUCUCGCGGCUUCAGUCCGCCGAUGUCUCCGGUACCGUCGGAAAGAUCUACCAUUUCAUCAGAGAGAUCUUACGUCUCCGCGGAAUUAAACUGUCAACGUCGGCCUUUGAUCGCAGACAAUUUGAGCAGAAUUUCAGUCGCACGAGAUAUCAGAGAUCAAAUUGCUGCAUCCGAUAAAGAUCAAUUCACCUCCAGGAUAGGUGUUCUCGGUGAACGAACAUAUCUAGCCGAGAGAUCAUCUUCCAGCAGCAGCGGCUCACCACAACCGAACGAGUUCGUUUCGAGAAGUUCGCAAAUUCCUCAGAGACAAUUGAGGCGAUCGAACAGCACCGAUACGAAUUGCAGCACAUCCUCGACGCUCACAUCCGGGUCUCAAGCCAGUGCCGAGUCUCUAUCCCGAAGAGUACUGAAGCCGCAAAGCGUGGAGGCGAUAAAUCGAAAGAAUAUCCUGGCGAGCGCCAGAUGCCGAAGCGGUAGGGAUUUGAACGGAUCGCCGCUAAUCCAGCGAAAGUUCUCAGACGACGAAGAUGCUGUAAAAGAAACCAUCCACCAGAACGGUGGUGCUAUUCAUCAGAUGAGCAAUAACUCGGGGAGCGAUCCCGCGAGCAAACAAGAGAUCAAGAUUGCGUAUAUAGAAGUCGCGGAUCCCUUCGCGGAGGACGAAGAACCAUUACAGAGAAAGGAGGAGAAACCUAAAUUGCCACCUAAAAUGAGUUUCCCGCCGCCAGCUGUUAGACCACCCAAAUCUGAAAUGUUGGAGCCAUCAAACGAUCUUAAGAUGUGGGUUCGAGCGGAAGUGAAGACUUUGGCGCGAUCAAUGGAAGAAAAAUCGAGAUACGACAAAAGCCCAAUCCUCGCAGCUCAAAAUUUGGAAACAAGAAAUAGUCGUGGCUCCAUAUUUAACCAACCCGCUAUUACUGCGUACUCCAACAACGAUUUGUCUUCAAAGAAUAGAACUACGGUAAGCGAUAUGAAGGUCACCGCGAUGGAAAUGUCAAAACCACAAAGUAAAGCGAAUUCAACUCCGAGAAAAAAUAUGGAAGACCAAAACGAUCUUUUGACGAUCUUAACGACAAAAAGCCGCUCCAGAUCAGCUAUACACGUCGACGAAGGGACGUUUGGUAGAUCGAAGAGUCAGAUGAGCCUAGAAGAUAUACUUGGCGCUAAGCCAGAUUUGAAAUUAUCCCGUGCGCAAAAUACAGAACCAAAAAUUGAAAAGAAUGGCAUAAUACCAAGCUCACCGGUAAAAUCUGCUUGGGAAAUUUCGAAAGAAAAUCGAUACGGGAGAAGAGGCUCUAUUACUUCGAACGAAUCCUUGUCGGAGGAUAGAUCCUUUGUCUCGAAAAUACCCACCUUAGGAAGAACCAAAACUGUCGACAGCGGCGACGAGAUGACAGAAAGUGUCGAAAGAAUAAAAAGUGUGACAGCGUCGAAGAUUCCGACAUCUCGUGGCUUAAAUCGACGCAGCGCCAGUGUCACGGAUAUGAAGAAAGCUUUGGAGAAGGUUGACACCAGUCCUAUGCAUAGUCAAUCGCAACAGAACGCCAGCAACACUCAUAAUCGAUUUCCAAGUCUAGACAGCAGCGUAGACGAGAAUAUCGGGACGGAAAUGGACACCGAUAGAUGCUACGGCGAACAAUUUGGCAGUAUCAGUUCACUCGCCAGCAGUACCAGUCUAAUCUCGCAACAAGAACUGGCGCAGCUCGUCGAGGAGGCGAGUUUGGAAGAGGCACGUGGAGCGCACGAUGUUAUAGUCGUUUUGCUUCACAAGGAAAACCCGACCGGCAGCGUCGGCAUCACUUUGGCUGGUGGCGCGGAUUGCGAAGUGAAGGAGAUCACGGUUCAUAGAGUACUGACGCACUCUAUCGCGGAUAAAGACGGCCGGGUGCAGAGGGGUGACAGGAUCCUCAGCAUAAACGGUCGAAGCACGCGAGGUCUCACACACCGAGAGAGCAUGGCGGUACUGAAGCAGCCGAGAUCGGAGGUCGUAUUGGUCGUGUCGAGGGUCAGGAUGGAGGAAGGCUGUAAGCUGAGGUCGCGAACUGCGAGUGUCGAAACCAUCGUCGAAGGGUUAGAGACGAAUGGAAACGUGGAAGACAUAGCGUGGGGACCACCGUCGACCGUGGCGGUUUACAAGGACGGAGCUGGUCUCGGAUUUAGUCUGGAAGGCGGCAGAGAUAGUCCCCUCGGAGAUAGACCUUUAAUUAUCAAGAAGAUAUUCACCGGAGGUGCUGCCGAGAAAACGGGUGCCUUAAAAGCCGGGGACCAACUGCUUGAAGUAAACGGUAACGAUGUAACGCGAAUGUCGAGGAUAGAAGCGUGGUCUUUGAUGAAGAAGCUACACGACGGUGAAGUGAAUCUCCUAGUCAGGCAUCCUGCCACUAAAUCCUCGUGAAAUAUACGAAAUCCCGAUUGUAUGAUGCAAAUGAAACGUAGUAAUGUGCCAAGCAAGCGUCUGGAUUAUUUUUCGAUCAAUAUUUGUUACGUAGGUAUAAUGGUUAAUAAGGUAUGUUAUUUGUUUUCUUCAAGAGAUUUUAGAGAUACGAACCGAUGUUAUAUGCGCGAGAGGCUUUUUCUAUCGUGCUGAUAAAUUUAAAUAAUGUCGCUGUUUAGUCAGAUAAUCCAAAAUCUAAAUUCAUCGAUUUAUAAAAAGAGAUGAUCUAUUGAUAUUAUUUUUAAGAGCGUCUAAAUUAAUCGAUAACUAUCAUAUACAUUCACAGCUCUAAUUGCAUUGUCAUUUAUUAUGAAUUCAAUAGCUAACGUGCUAACAAAAAGUUAAGAGAAAAUUGCAAAUCUAUGUGAUUUGCUAAUUUAUUUUUUCCAAUCAAACGCCUUGUAAAUGAAACAUGCAUCUUAUGCAUAAAAAUAGUUUUAAAAUAGUAUUUUCUGCAGAAUAUAUGCAAAUUAACGGUACAAUACAGUGUCAAUCUUAAUAGUUUCAUCGCAGUAAAAUCAAUCACGCAAAAAGAGACUUAAGAUUGCAAGUUUCCAAUCUGAAUCGACAAUGCAAAAUGCAAUAUCAUAUCCAAUAUGCAAUGAUUAAAUGUGGAAUAAUAUUUUUAUUUCGUAAAUUUCAUCAAAAAGCAGCGAUAUAACAUCUUAAUGUAGUGUAUGUUUUGACAACGAAAUAUAUAUGGAAAUUUCAAUAUAUGCCAUACGCAAGCGAACCGUAAUGUUACUGAAAUGAAGUAGGUAGACAUGUCAAUUAAUCAUUUAAUUAAGCGAUACGUUGUUAACACGAAUCGCUCGUACGUUAUAAUUCCAUAGUGCCGGCCGUGCAGUAAUAGUUCGAAUUAAGAAUUUGCAACAAGCAAAAUAGCUGAGUAGAUAGUUAUAAUAUGAGCCUGAUUGUAGAUUGCCUAUUUCUAAUUUUAGCCACCCCGUCGCCUUAUUAUAGUGGUUCCUGUUACAUUAGGAUACGAAUGAUAGAAUAUUUUCAUACGAUACGGUAAUCAAAAUGAUGCGCCGUUAUAGCAAUAAGAGAGAAAAUGACACGAGAGAUCAGUUUUCUAUGAGUGACUCCGAUUAAAUGUUAAUUAAUUUAAUUGGCGAUUAACUCAACUGACGGAAUUGCUUAU